AUACUAAGAGCAAAGAUGUUUCAAACUGGGGGCCUCAUUGUCUUCUACGGGCUGUUAGCCCAGACCGUGGCCCAGUUUGGAGGCCUGCCCGUGCCCCUGGACCAGACCCUGCCCUUGAAUGUGAAUCCAGCCCUGCCCUUGAGUCCCACAGGUCUUGCAGGAAGCUUGACAAAUGCCCUCAGCAAUGGCCUGCUGUCUGGGGGCCUGUUGGGCAUUCUGGAAAACCUUCCGCUCCUGGACAUCCUGAAGCCUGGAGGAGGUACUUCUGGUGGCCUCCUUGGGGGACUGCUUGGAAAAGUGACGUCAGUGAUUCCUGGCCUGAACAACAUCAUUGACAUAAAGGUCACUGACCCCCAGCUGCUGGAACUUGGCCUUGUGCAGAGCCCUGAUGGCCACCGUCUCUACGUCACCAUCCCUCUCGGCAUAAAGCUCCAAGUGAAUACGCCCCUGGUCGGUGCAAGUCUGUUGAGGCUGGCUGUGAAGCUGGACAUCACUGCAGAAAUCUUGGCUGUGAGAGAUAAGCAGGAGAGGAUCCACCUGGUCCUUGGUGACUGCACCCAUUCCCCUGGAAGCCUGCAAAUUUCUCUGCUUGAUGGACUUGGCCCCCUCCCCAUUCAAGGUCUUCUGGACAGCUACACAGGGAUCUUGAAUAAAGUCCUGCCUGAGUUGGUUCAGGGCAACGUGUGCCCUCUGGUCAAUGAGGUUCUCAGUGGCUUGGACAUCACCCUGGUACAUGACACUGUCAACAUGCUGAUCCACGGACUACAGUUUAUCAUCAAGGUCUAAGCCUUCCAGGAAGGGGCUGGCCUCUGCUGAGCUGGUAAGUGCCCUUCCCCACACCCCAGGAUUUUGGGGGCUGGUUGUUCUUCUCCUGGUAGAAGACAGACGGGAGCUUGGGACAAUGACAUCCAGAGAAAGAGACAAACAUCUACAGAGGUACACACAGGGAUGCACAGAGAAAUCCACAGAAAAGCUGACAGAGGUGGAAGGAUGCAGGCAGCACAGCAACACAGCUACCAAGAGAAACACACACACAAAU